UUUACACUGCAAGAACCAAAAUAAUCAAAAACCCAACCACCAAACAAACAACCACAACAACCUCUCUCACUCUGUGUUAAAAACGCGUUCUAGAGAGAGAAACACUACUUCUAGAGAGAGAAACAGGCAGUUGAGCUCCGAUGCUAGAGUCCUGUUACAGGCCGCUGGAGCGCUGUUUCGGCAGCGGCGGUGACGACGGACUUCUAUGGAACAUCGACUUGAAGCCACACGCUUCCGGCGAGUACUCCAUUGCCGUUGUUCAAGCAAAUUCAACGCUCGAAGAUCAAGCUCAAGUGCUGACGUCACCUUCUGCGACUUAUGUCGGUGUUUACGACGGUCACGGUGGUCCUGAAGCCUCCAGAUUCAUCACUAAUCAUAUGUUUGGUUACUUACAGAGAUUUUCUGCUGAACACGGAGGAUUAUCCAAAGAGGUGAUCGAAAAGGCAUUCGAUGCAACCGAAACAGCUUUUGUGAAUUUAGUGAGAGAAUCCUGGCUGGAUAGACCCCAGAUUGUAUCCGUAGGUUCAUGCUGUCUUGUUGGUUUGAUCUCAAACGGUACCCUUUAUGUGGCAAAUGUCGGUGACUCACGGGCGGUGCUGGGUCGGCAAGUAGCGGGGAGCAGGAUCUCAAAUUCUUCAACCGUUGUCGCAGAACGGUUAACGACUGACCAUAAUGUUGGGGAAGAGGAGGUUAGAAAGGAGGUUAAAGCUCUUCAUCCCGAUGAUCCACAUAUUGUUGUGUAUACUCGUGGGGUCUGGAGAUUAAAAGGCAUUAUUCAGGUGUCGAGAUCGAUUGGUGAUGUGUACUUGAAGAAACCGGAGUUUAACAGGAAUCCUCUAUUCCAGCAGUACGCAGCUCCUAUACCUUUAAAAAGAGCUGUGAUGUCAGCAGAACCAUCGAUAUUGAUUCACAAGUUGAGGCCGCAAGACCUGUUCAUAGUUUUUGCUUCAGAUGGUCUGUGGGAACAACUCAGUGACGAUGCCGUUGUUGAAAUUGUUCAUAAAAAUCCAAGAAAUGGAAUAGCAAAGAGAUUAAUAAGAGCUGCAAUAGAGGUGGCAGCAAAGAAAAGAGAAAUGAGAUACGAUGAUAUAAUGAGAAUUGAAAAGGGGGUGAGGCGCCAUUUUCACGAUGAUAUUACUGUGGUGGUUGUUUACCUCGACAACAAUCAAGGAUGGCCUAACGGGGGCGGUAGAAUCCAAGAGGAUAUCACUACCACCCCGAUCGAUAUCUUCACUUUCAAUUCAGAUAAUGCUGACUUUUCUCCUUGAUCUUGCGUACAUCAUGUUUUGUUCAUACAAUAAACAAAACACCAUGGUCUCAAAAUGGGAAGAUAGGGUGUAUGUAUCUAUUAUAUAGUUACUAUCUUUACUAGGUGUUGGCGGGGGGUCUUUAUUAUAGAAGGUUGAGCCGGAUAUGAGACACGGAUCAUGUCCUCGAGAAAAUGGUCUGGUUUACUGCUUGUGGUUUUCUUUUUGUGUGGGUACUGUUUCAGAAUUUAGAUAUGCUUCGACUUCAAUGGUUGAAAACUGGAAUAUGUUUGUUUAUAUGUCGUUUGAAAGAGAAAUAUGAAACAUACCUAUACUUGUAAUA